AUGUUACAGGAGUCAGCCAGGAGCCUGGGAAAGGGAAGCACAUCCCUGGGGCUGGUCCCAGAGGGCUUGAUCUGCAUCUGCAGCAUGAGGUUCUGCCCGUUUACUGAGAGGACGUGUCUGGUUCUGAAGGUCGAGGGAAUCAGGCAUGAAGUCAUCUAUAUCAACCUGAAAGAUAAGCCUGAGUGGUUCUUUAAGAAAAAUCCCUUUAGUUUGGUGCCAGUUCUGGAAAACAGUCAGGGUCAGCUGAUCUAUGAGUCUGCCAUCACCUGUGAGUACCUGGAUGAAGCAUACUCAGGGAAGAAGCUGUUGCCGGAUGACCCCUAUGAGAAAGCUUGCCAGAAGAUGGUCUUUGAGUUGUUUUCUAAGGUGCUAUCUUUGGUAGGAAGCUUCCUUAGAAGCCAAAAUAAGGAGGACAGUGCUGGCCUGAAAGAAGCAUUGUGUAAAGAAUUUAGCAAGCUAGGGGAGGUUCUGAUUAAUAAGAAGAAAACCUUCUUUGGCGGCAAUUCCAUCUCUGUGAUUGACUACGUCAUCUGGCCCUGGUUUGAACGGCUGGAAGCAAUGAAGUUAAAUGAGUGUGUAGACCACACUCCAGAACUUAAACUGUGA